AGCCAGAUCCGCAAACGAGUACUAGCGUCGCCCGCCCUUAUAAAGGCUUGAGCGCUGCGCUCCGCCCAAACAGUCUCACGGGCUUACGCGCGCCGCUACCAUUAAACUGUUGUGUUGCACAGGACAGUGUGAUGUGCCAGCGAUGAUGAGCGUGGCGUUGCUGCUGAUAGCGCUGGCGUGCUCGGUCAUCGACGCUGCGCCCGCGCCGCUCUACGAUAAUUCAGAGGAGGUAGUGAUACCCCAAAAGAGAGCUGCACUAGUGUUGGACCGAAUACUGAUAGCAUUGCAGAAGGCCCUGCACGAGCCUCCUGCAGACCCCUACGACGGCCCACACGCUUCGCCGCUGCGAGUUCCUUCCUACCUAGACUCCGACAUGAGCGCCCUCCAGCGACGGGGGCAGGCGGGCACCGCCGGCCGCGGCCGGGUCCUGCGGUGUUACUUCAACGCAGUCACAUGCUUCUAACACUAUGUAUAUAUAACAUCAUAUCCAGUCUUUAACAUCAUUUACUCUAGCUUUAUUUCCCUCACAAUAUAUUUGAUACGAAUUUCUCCAUUGUAACUAAAAGUAUUUUCUUGUUAAUCAUUAUGUAAUAAACGUUAUUGCCUG